ACUUGGAUCCAAACCCUGACGACGGACGGCUCCCCCCUCGCCCCCACGACAAAUUCCUCCCGUUCCGUUCUUCGUCGCAGAUACACCGGCCGGCAGCAACCACCCUAUGGAGUCGUCGGCGGCGAUGACGAUGGACCACCACCGCGCGGCGCCGUCGCUGUCGACGGAAGAGAAACGGCGGAUCGAGCGGGUGGCCCGGUGCGUGGCGCGGGACCGGGACGGCGGGGACCUCACGGAGAAGCUGCUGCUGCGGCUGCUCGGCCUCACGCGCAACGCCCGCCGCUGGGGCUUCCUCGCGCCGGACCACCCGCUCCACCCCUACUACCUCCAGCACAAGGUCUCCGAGCGCUGCCGGAUCCUCCGCCCGCGCCACGCCGCCGCCGACCGGCGGUGAUCCCAUGCAUAUGCAUGCGGACGUGCAGCGGAUCGACCAUUGAUAGGACUCGAUCGGCCAUUAAAAAAAAACUAUGCGCGCACCACCUGGUCUCCUUCUCUUUUAUGACAUGAGUAAUUGGUAAUCCAACAAUCAUGCAACGGAUUCGGAAAUACAUUGAUGUGCCUAAUUGCAGCGUCAAUUAUAUGAUAGCAGUUGGCCAUUGAUAUUUUUCAGAUUUGA